AUGGCUACAGUAAAUCGAAAUCGUUUAAGUAGAAUUCACCCGAACAAAUCGAAGACAGAUUUCUCGAAGGUUGGUGGACUCGCGAAUCACAUCAAACUCCUAAGGGAGAUCAUCAUCUUGCCGCUGCUAUACGGCGAUUUGUACCAUCAUUUCAAUAUAAAAGCGCCCAGAGGAGUAAUUUUCUACGGACCUCCUGGAACUGGAAAGACAUUGGUGGCAGGAGCGUUAGCAAACGAGUUAAAUAAAGAGGGAAAUGGUAAAGUGUCAUUCUUUCAGCGGAAAGGAGCUGAUAUAUUAGACAAAUGGGUUGGAGAGUCCGAGAGGAAGUUGCGUGAACUUUUUGAAAAAGCAACAAAAGCUCGUCCUUCGGUCAUAUUUUUUGAUGAACUCGAUGGUUUAGCUCCGGAACGUUCGAUUCGUAAUGACCAAGUGCAUAGUAGCGUUGUGGCCACAUUAUUGGCCUUAAUGGAUGGUUUGGAUAAUAUGUCAGGGGUCAUCGUAAUUGGGGCCACAAAUCGUAUAGAUUCCAUUGAUCCGGCUCUUCGGCGGCCUGGACGUUUUGAUAGAGAACUUUAUUUUCCUUUACCUUGCAUAAACGCUCGAAAAGACAUCUUGCAGGUACAUAUGAGGACUUGGAAGCAUAAGCCAAAUUCCGAUUUUCUGAAUCAUCUAGCUGAGUUAACUACCGGCAUGUGCGGAUCUGAUCUGCAAGCUCUGUGUGCUGAAGCUGUUCUUUGCAGUUUAAAACGGAAAUAUCCGACAAUCAACCAGAAACCCAAGAUCAAUAUUGAGGUGGAGUCAAUUAGAGUUGAAGAACAAGACUUCCUUAAUGCCAGAUUGAAUAUAACGCCAACUUCUCAGAGGUUGGGUAACUGCAAGAUGCGUCGUCUAAGCGCGUUCAUUCAGCCGCUGCUUCAACGGCAGAUAGAUAAGAUCGUAAGACAUAUCGAAGUACUAUUGCCGCAUUUUACUCAAGUCUAUAGGAAAUUUUUAGUUGGGAACGAGCGGUAUGCUGGUAGAUUGGUUCUCAAAGGCAGCGCCCAACAAGGUCUCAAUAAUCACGUUGUUCCGGCAUUGCUGCAAACCUUGGAGCACUUGCAGAGCUAUGUCUUGGAUAUACCUGGACAUUACAAAAAAGUUAUUUCGAGCGCAAUCCACAAUUUUCCAUCGAUUCUGGUGCUCUCACGUGUUGAUGAUUGGUGGGAUAUAAUAGACAAUAAUAUUCAAAUGUCCAUAAGUUCAAUGUUGGACGAUAUUCACGCCGGUCUUCCGGUCCUGCUGAUUGCAACCUGCAACAAAGACCUACCAGAAAUGUUGCAAGAUCAUUUUCAUUAUAAUAGCAGCAUCGUGAUGCAACUGGAAGAUCCGACCUUCGAGGAACGCGAAAAGUUCUUUGCACCAUUAUUUUUCGGCAACAAAAUUUUGAGCGUUUUCCAUAUCUGGAAGGAGGAAAAUCAUCCAAAAGUUAAGGAAGAAAGCGACGAAGAUGACGACGAGAGCAAAAUUGUUACGAAACAGAAAAUUCGAUUGAUUAUGAGCCGUACGACGAGGUUGAGAGGAGGUGGCGGAGAAAUCGUGCUUUUACAUGAAGGUAAGCGAAGGCAAUCGAGGCGCUCACUUUUCAUAAAGCCGGAUUUGACGAGGAUCAAACAUUCGAGUGGUAGGAUUCACAGGUUCAGGGAAUCCGAAAGCAGGAGGUGCAUGAAUAGUAGCCUUGCAGCGCUCCAAGAAUGUUACAAAACAGCGUUAAAUUAUGCUCGAACCAAGUUUGGCGUUUCCGAAACAGAAAAUUGCAAGAGCGUUCAAGCUUUGAGGAAUCGACCGUCUGCGGCAGACAAUCUCAAACAUCAACAACCGUCUACCGCUGUGACCGAUCUGGUCAAUUGCAAAAAAAUCAUGACUCCUCAAACCUGCGUCAGUAAACCUAAAGAAAGUUCUUGCAACGUGGAAACAUUGUACUACAAUAAAGGCAUUAAAAGGGAACGGGAAUCCGAUUACUCGGUAAACCUUCCAAAGCAUUCAAACAAUUUCAACGAACUUGUUGACACGACAGGUAUCGAAGAUAAUAACGUUGAUGACAUAUAUUCUUUGUGGAAACGCGUUUCGAAUGUCACUUCCGAUGGACUUCCGGUCGUUCAAUUGGAGCUUCUGUAUGACACUAUUCUAGCAUGCAUCUAUAUUAACAAAAAUAGUUUCAAGGAUGUUUUCCAGGGUUUGGAAAAUGCAUUGAAUAAUUUCGAAAGCAGUUGUUCCAGAGAUGAGUACUAACGAUGGUGCAAUGUCUUCUUUGUGUACUGAGAGAUAAUUAAAAAAAAAGUAUAAAGAUGAUAUUUUGUGGUAAUCGAAUUUCUUCGAUGUA